AUGGAAGGCGGCGGGGACAAGCUGCCACCGUCUCCUUUCCGGAGCUCGGGUCCGCUGUUCCCGGUGAAACUGCGGGAGUUAGCGGACGACCCGACCAUCCGGUCCGUGCGCUGGUCCCCCACCGGCGCCACGCUGCUCAUCCACCAGAAGCUGCUGGAGGAGGAGCUGCUGGACCAGGAGAACGGCGCCUUCAAGACCAGGACGUUCAGCUCCUUCUACCGGCAGCUGAACCUGUACGGCUUCCGGCGGGCUCGCGGGAACAAGGAGGGGCGGCCCGAGCACUCCGACGGCAGCAGAGAGGCCGCCGAGCUGAGAGAGUUUUAUCACAUGUACUUCCAGCGGGACCAGCCGGAACUGCUGUCCCUCGUGCGGCGGCCCAGCUGUUCCCGGGCGGCGCUGUCCGAGCGACGGGUCGAGAGGGUCCGGCUGCUGCAAGGCGAGUCACCACAAGACCGCGCGGCGCUGUCCGAGCGACCGGCCGAGAGGACCCGGCUGCUGCAGGGCGAGUCGACGCAAGACAACGUCGUUGUCAACGAGACCGUAACCUCUAGCAAUCUAUUUCAUAACUGCAAGCACCAAACACCUGACGGCGGUACAGCAGAUAUUCUCCCACAGGUAAAUCGCCAGUCCAUGCCAGUUAUUCCUGCCGCCGCCUCUCCAGCGCCGGCUGAAACCGUCACCACCACGUCCACAGGUUCAACAAUACAAGAAGGAACUCUAUAUGAUACCUUUGUGUCUACAGGCACGUCACCCGGUACCAACGUGAUUUACCAGUCGCUCUGGACCUCGAACAUUCUGGCUGGAGACCGGAAAACGUCCGCUCUAGACCAGGGGCGGCCGCUGUUCUGCAGUCCUCGGGGCUCUGCGAUGAUCCAACCACAGGAGUUCUCACUUCGGCCGAGGGUACCGGGGCCGAGACGGAAUCUAUUUGGUGCUGCUGCUAACCAGCAGGUUCCCGGAGCAGUUGGGCAGGCUAUCGAUGUUACUAGCCAGCAGAUUCCCGGACAAAGUUGUGACGCUGCUAUCCAGCAGAUUCCCUUAAUAAUCGGUGCCGGGCGCUUCCAACCGAACACAAGCAGACACGCGCGAGUGGAACAAAUGCAGUCAAAACUGCCACACGAGGGGAAACUCCGGUUGGAAGUACCGCGGAUAGAUCUUGAGGAACAGCCACCGUCGACGUCGAAAGUGCCAUGUUUGGAUGCGCCCGGAAUGGGAGUACCAUGGCAAGAUUUACCACAGGUAAUGGUACCACAUGUAAAGGUACCACAUGUGAAGGUACCACAGGUAAAGGUACCGCUAUCUGAAGUACCACAAAUACAUGUUUCCCCAGCAGAAGAGCCCAGACUAGACGAACGCCAAAUCCACGCAGCAAAAGUGGCAACGCAACAAACAGAGGUACCACAUGCACAGAGAGAACCUCAACAUACCGUACGACGACUGGAAGAGCAACAGACGAAAAGGCUUCGAUCCAAAGCUUCUCCAGGACAAGGAGGUUCAAAAUCAAAUUUUAAACCUCCUUGUCCAGAAGAACUGCCAGCAGGGCUGUCACUGAUAGAAGUGGUGUGGAUGCCGCCCCCACAAGCUGGACUGCCGCAGACGAAAGUAGCGCCAGACGUGAAAACGCUUUCCUUGAGAGAACCGAACACAAGAGUACCUGGUGUACAGCUACAGCGGGUAGCGCCAUCGUGGAUGGAGGUGCCACGGAUAGAAGUGGACACCCCAUUUGGAAUAGAUGUCACACACAAGGUAGUGCCACUUGACAAAGUUCCACAGAUGAGAGCAUUGCCGGUAGAAGUCUCCACACCACAACCCAGAAGGCCUGCCUUAGACACGUCACAGUAUCAGAGGGAAGUACCACGACUAGAAGUGUCUGACAUGAAAAUGCGCCAGAUAGAAAUGCCGGAGAUGAAAAGAUUCCCAUCAGCACCACAGCCGACCGUCCCUCCUGCGGCCGCCAGCCAGUCACCACAGCCAAUGAUCGGUCCGACUGUCCGGGAGGAAAACCCUGCGGAGGUAGAGGUCUGUGCCCGCUGCAGGAGGAAAUCUGGACCCUCCGGUGAGCAUGCCGACGACAUUGAUCUCACGGCCGGAGAAACGACAUUGCCGGUUGAACUUGAAACAAACACGACUGCAAAGGAGACGAUGAAACCUGCUUGCCACAAGCCGUCCGUAUCGGAGGUUUCCAUCCCAUCACCAGCUACGAAUGAACUGUCCCCAGUACCGGAGGUCUUCGUCCCCCCGCCAGCUCGGAACCCAGCAUCCCCAUCUACAGGAGAGACCUGUCCGUUCACAGGUGUUUUACAUGUGCCCAUCCUGGGGAGUCCGAAAAAACGCACGGACUCUUCUUGUCCCGUUUCCAUGGCAACAGGUUCCGUGGGUCCCGUCGUCAUGGCUCCCGAUUCUCCUGACGACGUUGAUGACGUUUCCUUCCUGACUGUUGCCAACUUUGAGGAGGUUAUGACGUCACCAAGCAAAAGACAGAAGGCGUAUGACGAGAGAGAAAGCCAGGCGGACAAGACGCCUUGCGAAGAGGCGAAGUCUAAACAGUCAGCCUCACCUGCGGAGCAGGAAUCAACACACCUAUGUCUUGAAAAAGACAGCAUGUCAUCCCCGGAAGACGUUUCAGAGACACCGAAGCGGAAAUAUAGAAGAAGAUGUAAGAAACGGUGCGAACGUGCGAUGAAGGCUCCGCGGAAGAAGGUCCAGGAGAUGACGCCUGAAGAAGAGGUCCUGGCGGCCGUCCGAGCCAUUCAGGAGGAAGUGCGAAAGGAAGAGAUCACUCUAGAUCUGGAUGAAGUCCCGGCCGUGUCUGAACCUCAACGCGACAUGCCACGAACAUUUCACGACAAGCCGCGACCACAACACGACAUGCCACGGCAACUUGACAUGCCACGAACGCCGACGACAAAGCCGAGCGCAGGUUUUAACAACGCGUCAUUGUCUGUCGUUAACCUCCCAAUUGUUUCUUACGCUGGGCUGGCACCUGAAGACGCCAAGAAGCUUCCGUUUAAGAAACGAUUUUACUCUGGCUUAGUGACAGAGCAGAAUAGGAGUGCUGCAGUACUGGAACCUGAGGAACAGAGGGCGCUGUCUUCAAGUAUUGACGACUUGAUCGUCCUCGGAACAAGUAUAACGCUGGUACCACCACCAGAUUUCAGUGUCAACGUUGUUACAGAGGAUUUAAGGACGGAAAACGUACAGAAAACACCGAAGGUUGACACAACAUCUGUGUCUCAGGAUCAGGUUUAUAUCCCUAUUAACUACAAGAGCGGCCUAAAGGCCAUUGCCUCAGAGGUUGAGUGCGGAGAGGAAAACUUCCAAGAUUUUGAAGUAGUUGAAAUAGUUGAACUAGACUGUGAGAUAGCGACAGAACAGUGUCUCCGGGACGGACAACGUGUAACAUCAGGCGGUGAAGUUCAGCAAAACACGUGCACGAUCCAACAACAGCAAGGCGAAGGUCAUGUCGCUCAACCUUCAAAUACGGACGCACAGUUUGCACUACAACUCAUCCCUGAAGACGUUACCAUCGUUUGAUUUGAGCCAUGACACUUGGGUCACAGACCGGGGCAUCUCACAUAUGCUAAAUAAAAGAUAGACACGAAGCAAGUGCUGGAAUAAAGUUUGUUACAAAUAUGUUCAAACGACACUUACUUAGUUUUCCAUUUUAUACUUUACAUAUACUUUACACUAUACUGUUUCACAAUUACAUGUAGCUUCAAGUUUCAUAUGUACUCGUCUUGUUUUUGUACGUCUUUCGAGUUUGUGGCAGAGAAUACAGAUGCUAUGUAUAUUUGAAGCCUCCGUUGGUUGUGUGGCUUAAUAAUGCAUUUUAGGUU